GCCUGUGCUGUCACUAAAAAGUUUUGAAGCGUGCCACCAAGAGAGAUGUCACGACGUGACCAUUACGACUCUUUGAAUUACGGAUCGACGUCGCGAGGCGCCCCUCUGAAGGACAAAGUUCAUCUCGACGGAUUUACGUCGUCCGAUGGCGAAGGAUAUCAAUUGUCUGGUGAGGCUAACGAUUUUGACUCUCAGUGUCAGGAGAUGAGUAAUGCUUUUCAAUCCAUUUCCAGAAACACUUCACAGAUGGAGCGAUUAGUGAGACAAAUUGGAACGCCAAGUGAUGCACCUGGACUAAGGCGGCGACUGGGUGAUUUAAGAUCGAGUGUCAAAGAGGAGGUAUCAGACACUGCUCAAACGUUGAAGAGAUUAGAAGAAACAGCACGUGAACCCGGCCGUAGACACGAACGACUGCGUAUUGAGAGGUUGAAAAGCGAAUAUUAUGAUACGACAAAACGGUAUCGAAACCUUCUCAAGAUUUGGUUGAAGCCAAUAUUACAACGGUUAAAAUUAGAGUCGAAGAAGGAAACCAACAACUGAAAUCGGCUACUAAAUAUCAGGUUUGACAUGAAAUAUAGAUAUGCA